AUAGAAAUCGAGACACGUGGUCCUCGAGUGCUCGACGAACGUCGUGAUUCCCAAGCGAGUAAAUUCCGACAGAGUAGAUCGAGAAAUUCCAUGCGACAAGCACGCUCAUCGGAACAUCAAGAUCUGAAUAAAUUUUUAUAAAAUACAAGGACUGCGGCGUUCAACACUGCAAUGCGCGAUGACCGAGGAACGAUGAGGCGCUGAGCACUCUCUGUGCCGGGUAAUUCGGCCCCAGGGCCCCGAGCCAGGCCUCCAAAGCAGGUCCACGGCAUUCCACGAGCCCGAGGCCCCCCCAGCCCGACCCGACUGGCCUCACGGUGCGACCAGCCAUCCUUGGUUGUCAACACGCGCGAGUCAGCCGCCCUCAGGAUGAGCAAGCUGUCGUUCAGGGCGCGCGCCCUGGACGCAUCCAAGCCCAUGCCGAUCUACAUGGCCGAGGAGUUGCCGGAUCUGCCAGAUUAUUCGGCCAUUAACCGCGCGGUGCCCCAAAUGCCCAGCGGCAUGGAAAAGGAGGAGGAAUGCGAACAUCAUCUUCAAAGAGCAAUAUGUACGGGUCUAAUCAUUCCUACUCCUGAAGUAACUGAUCUGGCAGAUGCGGAAGCUUAUGAUAAAAUAUAUCCUGCUGAUUAUAAGUUGCCUCGCCAAUUGAUACACAUGCAACCCUUUGCUAUGGAACAAGAUAUACCUGACUAUGAUAUGGACUCAGAGGAUGAAAAAUGGGUUGCAUUGCAAAGCAACAAGAUGGAGUUAACCCCGCUUCAAUUUGAAGAGAUGAUGGAUCGUCUGGAAAAGAGUUCUGGACAAACUGUAGUUACCCUCAAUGAAGCCAAGGCACUUUUGAAAGAGGAUGACGAUUUAAUAAUCGCGGUUUUCGACUAUUGGCUCAAUAAGCGUCUCAAGACUCAACAUCCACUGCUUCUGACUGUUAAAACUGAGCAUCGAUUUGGUUCGGCCGUCAACAAUCCAUAUCUCGCGUUUCGACGUCGAACAGAGAAGAUGCAGACUCGCAAGAAUCGUAAAAACGACGAAGCUAGUUAUGAGAAAAUGCUGAAGCUUCGUAGGGAUCUUAGUAGGGCAGUCACUUUAUUGGAAAUGGUGAAACGCAGAGAGAAGACCAAGCGAGAGCACUUGCAUCUCACAAUUGAGAUUUACGAAAAACGGUAUCAAGCGCAAGACUUUAGUGGACAAAUACUGGCAGAGGUGUCAGCGUUAAAAACACCGCGACCAGCGUUCGCUCCGCUUUUUACCAAUCAGUUUGGUGUUCAUCAGAAUUGGUCAAACAAAGUCUGUAGUAAAGACGAGGUAGUGCCCAGGAAAGAAAAGAGACAGUACAAGAAGCGGAAACAUAAAACAGACAGUAGAGGUGGGAGUUUAGACGACACAGGUGUGCGUAGUGGAACGGGUAGUGGAGGUGGCCGGGGGAAUCGUCCGAGUGUUCUCGGAAGCGGGCUGGACCCGCUCAUCAGUUCGGAUGAGGAUAGCCCACUUCCAUCUCAUUCACACACUCAGCCAUCGUUACUUUCCGACCGUGAUGACGAAGACACGGCUGAUGAGGGUCAAUUCGCCUUUCGUCGAAAUAGGAAUAGCACUUAUUUACCACCUGUAUCAGGUGGAUUUGGAAAUUGGCCUUGGUGUGAUAAAAAUGAGGGUGGUAUAGCUGACAAGAAGUAUAGGUUUGCAUUGACCAGUAUCAACAAACCAGUGCCAAGGUGUAUUGGAUUCGCGCGACGAAGACUUGGGCGCGGUGGGAGAGUGAUACUGGACCGCUGCACGACCGAUAUGGACGAAAUAUGGUCUUCUUUAGACUUCACGAUACAUGAGUCCAGGUGUGGACCAGCGGAUUCGAACGCUACUGCCACAGCAACGACUACUGUUAAAGAACGGUUACAUUUUCGACCAAAGACUCCGCCUACGUCGGUGCUUAGCCCAAGCGAGGAAAGCAGCGAUAUGGACUCGGACGUAGAGCCAAUAGUCUCUCGACCCAAGCUACUUCCAUACCCGUUCCCGCUCGAGGCGACGUCCAUAUGCGUCGAGGUGGAGCCGGAUCGUGCAGGAGACGAGUCGCCGUUUACAUCGGAGUUCAAUAUCGCCGACUACUUCUCGACGGAUGCCCUAUCGUCAGACUUUGAUCUCGCGGUGGCGAGCAUCAGCGGUGGUAGUGCGUGCCUCAGUGGUUUAUCGGACGGUAGCCUGAACGAGAGUUCGCGGACAGACGAGCUCGGUAGUUCACACUUUUUGGUGACGCCACUCGCGAGUAAUCUGUUCGCGCCGCCCAUCGCGACGGGGGCGCAGCAGGCCCGGCCUCAGUGCAGUGGUGUCAACACCGGUGGUUUUAACGUUGUACAUAUUCCCGCAAGUUCUUCGUCUUCGUCGAUUUCGUCUUCGUCGUCCUUCUCCGUCGCGUGCACAACUAGCCAGCAAAUUGCCACCACAUCGAGCACAGUGUCCACGCAGUGCGCCGGUGCCGCCAUCGACGCGCAGCCGAAUCAUCAGUCCAAGCAACACAGACAAUUACCAAACAACAGCACCGCUGCCUCCAUUCUCUCGAAAUCCUUGACUAGUCCGACGAAUAAUAGAAAUGGUAGCAGCUGUAGCGGCGGUAACAACAGUGGCGGCGGCGGCGGUGGUGGUAGUAGUGGUGGUAAUGGUGGUAGCGCGAACGUUAGAGUGUUUAGUGCGAGCACCGUGACCAGUGGUGGUAGUGGUGUUGGUGGUAACAGUGGUAGCAGCGGCGGCAGCGGUAGCAGCAGCAGUGGCAGUGGCAAUAUCGGCAUCGCAAACUUUGGCAACGGUCACCAGAACGGUCCGAUGCCGCACAUAAACAAUUCGAACAACCUGACUAAUAACACGCACGUGGUGAACAGUCAGUCCACGAUUGUUCUGCCGCAGAAGCAUCCACCGUCCAGUUUGCUACCAGGCCUGAUCACGCAAAGUAAAUUGGUGAGCCUCGCGAGGCAGCAGCAACAACAGACGCAGAAUCAGGCGCAACCAAUCCCAACGUCCGGGGAAAUUACGCUUAAUAGUAAUAGUGAAAGUUUGGAUAUGGAGGUGGAUGGAGUGGAUAGUUCGCCGUGCGAUAGCAAACCGCAGCAACAGCCGCAGCUUGUACGGGCGAACAAAGCAAAUUCAUUAGCGAUGGAAGUGACAUGAUGCCUGCUAUUGGCACCCCUGUUGCCGCCAAUACGUCACUGGGGGCUUCGCUAACUUUUACCUUGCCUAUGUCUCUGCCUCGGCUGGGAGAUAUCGGACAUACUAUGAUAUACUGCGCUACGUUGACUCGAAGAGCGAUACGGCUAGGUACAAUUGCAACUAUACUACGAUUCGAUUUUUAUAUUGCGACGGCGCGAUCAGGAUCAAACGUGGAUUCUAAUGCACAUACCGAAGGUUCAUCCUUGUUCUGUCCAUCGGGAGGUCGUGCUCCGUAGUUCCGAGAUCCGUGCUCUUCAAAUCUCGCGUUUUCCUUGCUCAUUGAACGUUACGUACGAUCGGCAAUCGCAUGGAGAUAUUUUCACUUGUAGACAAGCGACUUUAAUCAUUGAGAAUUUGCCUGAUCGCUCAAAAUGAGAUUUUAUUUCUACUAGUCCACUAUAUCUAGAAAUAUAUGUGGUCUGUUGCAAUAUAUGAUAUAGACAAACUAAAAUUAUGUAUUUUGAGUUAUUUCGGCAAAGAGAGUGUAUGCGAUAUGUGUUCGUUAUUUCCGAUAAAGACGAUCUUAUUCGUUCAAUGCAAGGAAAAUCGUAAUCCAACGUAAAUCUCAGAGAUGCGAAGCGCUACAUUCAUCUUGACAUUCUUUAAAGAUCCUUAUUUACAAAUUCAGUACUGUCCAAGUAUCACGUGGCACGAUAAUUGGACGUAUAAAGCAAGCUUUCUCAGACACAGCAUUGGUUAUUAAACGGUCAAAAUUCGGUAAAGAAGGGAAAAAAAGAAAAAAAAAAGACAUUCUUUUAACUUUGUACUCUUAUACAGCAUCUGUCGCGUGAAGUGUACGCUUGAGAAUCAAUAGAGGCUUUAUGUUUAAUCGUGGACGAUUAUCGAUAAUAUGAUUUUUGGUUUCACAUAUAGUCACAGACAUAACUUUGAUUAAUCAUUUUGUAAAUUAUGCUUACGACGCGAUGUAUUCUUUCCUUCUUAUUUGUUUUUCUCUCUUCAAUAUAACGUAUGCAAUGUGAAUUCGAAGCGCUACAUUAGCAACGGAGGGGAUUGUAUAAUAAUCUGUUUGUAAGUACAAUAGUACGCUCGACUUACGUCUCAUCGCUUUCGAUAUAAGUAGAUCUACAGGAAAUAGCAGGAAAAAAAUAGAUUGAUUUCUUAUUGAAAUUGUAUGAUUAUCUUAAUAUUGUAUAUAGAGAUUCGGUUCGAGUAUUAUAGAACUUUAUAGUAAUGCUCUAUUUCCCUUAUAUAUAUAUAUAUAUAUGUGUGUGUAAUUUACAAUACAUACAUAUAUAUAUAUAUGUGUAAAUACAUACAUAUAUAUAUAUAUAUAUAUAUAUAUAUAUAUAUAUAUAUAUAUAUUAUAUAUGUAUGUAUGUAAUACUACAUUGUAAUACUAAAGGCUUCCAGGCUGUGAAAUAUUGAAGCUAUUGUUAUCGAUUAACCUUUGAUAGCAUUAAUGUCAUUAUAAUCGUAAAAGGAUUUUCUUUCACUCUAUCUUUUUCUCUCUCUCUCUAUCUGUCUCUCUUUCUCUCUCUCUCUCUUUCUCUCUCUCUCUUUCUUUUUUCUCCAGUAAUCAGCAAAAAGUGCGUUUUUAUAUUUGCAUAUCCGAUACGGAUUAUGCGACUGAUAUGCAAUUAUAAUGUAAUUUUAUAAUGUUGCGUUUGGGAAGCUUGUAUCACAGAAUUUGCGAAGGUGUUACACACUACAUAUACUGUAUUAGAAUCUACGGAGAAGCUUAUAAGAAGAAGCGAUGCAUAAGAAAACUUACGUCUUUCAGAUUAGUGACUGCAAUUACCGCUACUAUUGGUGUAGAGAUACCGAAUACUUCAAACAUGGUUUUGAUGAAACGGUUAUAAAUUUUGCUUUUACGAGUUCGCGCAUCUCUCUUCUUUUUUUAUUUUAUCUCAUAAUUCUCUAUUCCCACGCGAACGAACUUGAUCAAGUGAAUCUGUGACGAGCUGUCUGCGACGAUAUUGCAUCUCGUGUCACAUUUUUAUCUGUUCUCUCGCAGACUCGAUAACAUUUUUACCGUAGACGAGUGCAAAUGUUGAAAGAGUCAUUCGAUAUUUAUUCUUAUUUGUAGAGUAGCAUGUUUAUGACUCGGAUGUGAACGUUCGGAUCCUGCCACACGUUGCGCUCUGCACCGGCUUGAGGGAUUCGAGCAUGCAAAGCGAACGUCAGGCGUGCCAUUACUUAGUGUUUGGACAGAUACAUGUCUUAGCGUCAUUCCUUCAAGAAUUUCAUAACGCCGAGAGCCGCACACGAAUGAUAUUUCGUUCUUUACACCGGUGUGCAUGUUACAAUUCGUUGCAAAAUCCGCGCGGCGGGACCUGUUGACACAACUGAACAAAUCAUCAUGGGUGUAUCUGAGGCACAUACGAUUGAUUCGAGUCAGAGCACCUUGUCGUAUUUACAUUUGAUCGCUUCUCUAUACGUGACAAACUGUGCACGCUUUCGCUGAUGAAAGCUUGUUCGAAGAGAAAAGAAGUCCAAUAAUGUACGCGUGUUACUUUAGCUGUUCUGGAUUCUCAUGUUCCUCUCUUUUUUUCUUUCUAUAUCCAUAUAGUCUGCCACUUCAUUGAGAAGCAAGAAAAGGAUGUUACAAAGCAUGUAGAGUCAAGAGAAUACCUUUACGAUCAACAAAACUGACAAUGUGUCGUCUGUACAUUUUACUUUUAAACACACACACACAUACAUACACACAUAUACAUACGCAAUAUUCUAGACGAAUCGCAAGUCUGGAUUAACGAUGUUUUUUCCAGAUUGUCGAUGUUGAGAAAUCGUUAGUAACAGACCUCCCUUUGUAACUUCUCCGCAGUCGCAGUUUCCUUCGACAUAUUCGAUAGUUGUAUUUUUCUCGUUAAUGUAGAGAAGAACAGCCGCAUUACGAGGGUGAAAUGCAUACGCGAGAUCCGAGAUUACACAGAUUUCGUUAUUCAUUACAAUUGAGAAAACAAAUUCGGAAACACUGAUCAUUGAAAUCGAUCAAUAUAAUCCAGGAUAGAGAGGAAUAUUUCGGAUUUAUCAGUGAAAAAAAGAAAAAGAGGAAGCCAAAAGGAACCUCUCGCAAUAGUGAAUUACGAUGUAAUACGAUUUGUCGCCAGCCGUAACGCGGAUAAUACGGGAAUAAAGAUUAUGGUGCGAGUGUUACAAAUUGUAGGGAGACUUGAAGUCCGUAGUAAGAAACGAAAGGAAAAAAAAAGAUAUAUUGUACAUAUAAAAAUAAUUACGCUUAUUGUAUCUCUUACUUUUAGGUAAUUAACUGAAUAAUAAUAAUAAUAACUGUAAUUAAUGUUGUUGUGGUAGGCGCACAUACGAUGUGUACGGAGAUUUAUGAAUUCAAGACGAUUUUAGGAGGAGUAAUAAAGAAAUUUUAUCCUG